AUGUUACCAAAAGAUUUGAAAAUUAUUUCAGUCUUGCUUUACUUUUAUUGCUUAAAUAUAUGCAGGUUUUUACCUACAAAGAGGAAUAGGAGAUUGAAAGAGAUUGACGAUGAAAUACGAGCCUUGCUUAUGUGCAUCAUUAAGAAUAGAGAGAAGGAGAUGAAAAGAAGUGAAGCUGUAAAGAAUGAUUUACUGGGUUUACUCAUGGAAUCCAGUUAUAGAGAAAUUGAAGAGCAUGGAAACAACAAAAAUGGUGGAAUGACAAUGGAUGAAGUGAUUAAAGAGUGUAAGCUAUUUUACUUUGCUGGUCUAGUGACAACCUCCGUUUUACUUGUGUGGACUUUGGUUUUAUUGAGUGAGCAUCAAGAUUGGCAAGCUCGUGCAAGAGAAGAGGUUUUCCAAGUAUUUGGUGAUAAGAAGCCUAGCUUUGAUGAAUUGAAUCACUUGAAAGUUGUGACAAUGAUAUUAUAUGAGGUGCUGAGGUUAUACCCUCCAGCAACUACACUUGGUCGAGCUGUUGGCGAAGAAAUAAAGAUUGCAGACUUGUCACUGCCUGCUGGAGUUGAGGUUUCAACGCCGGUUAUACUGGUUCACCGUGAUCAAGAACUUUGGGGUGAUGAUGCGGCGGAGUUUAAACCGGAGCGGUUUGCUGAGGGAGUUUCAAAGGCUGCGAAGAGUCAAGCUUCGUUUGUCCCUUUUGGAUGGGGUCCUAGAAAAUGCAUUGGUCAAAACUUUGCUCUUAUGCAGGCAAAAAUGGCUUUAGCUUUAAUUCUGCAAAACUUUGCAUUUGAGUUAUCUCCUUCUUAUGUUCAUGCUCCUAAUACGGUCAUUACUGUUCAUCCGGAACAUGGUGCCCACUUGAUUUUGAAGAAACUGCAGACUGAGACAGUCAGUUUGAACUGAAGGCCCCUUCCACAAUAUUCUUUUUCCUUCCGUCUAAUUUCUGGGUGAAGGAAAUAUGAGAAUAUUCCAGGCUUAUUUUGUAUCAUUUUACCUAAACGUUUUAAUUUCCAACUAUUUUGCUUGUUGCACACUGCUCUAUGUAACCUUAUAUUAUAAGAAUAAAUGAAAUUUCUUGUUUGAAAGAUGCAA